UCAAACGGAAACGAAAUAACAAAUGAACGAAGCAAGUGAAGAGGCCAGUGUCGCGGUGCAGUCGACUUCCAGCAGCAUUCGUCCCCAGUUUGGAAAUCGGUUUCUUUCUGCCGACGACAAUGUAUUCCAGCAUAACGCUUGGUAGGAUAUUGCAUUCCUCUGCUCGGAUCUUGCCACCCGCGUUUCACACUGUACACCGCUCGUGCGCUUACGAGCACACACGGUACCGGAAGAAACCGGCCGGUGGAGGUGAUCGGUUUCUGCGCGAUCCUUCUCAAGUAUUCGAUUUUAACUCAUGGGACAACAUCCAGUGGGAUGACGAACAGGAGCAGGCGGCUUUGGAAGGCGUCAGGAAGAAUUCUUCCGUCAAACUUCCCGACGCGGAAGUUGAUCGUCUCGCGACGGAGGCCGAUCAGAACUGGGACCGCUUUUACGGUAUCCACCAGAACCGAUUUUUCAAAGAUCGGCACUGGCUGUUUACGGAGUUUCCCGAACUUGCGCCAUUCAAGACGACCCCCAACAAUGUUCCAGAACGAGUGCUCCCUGAUGGGGAAACGGUGAAAAAUGUCGAAACCCUGGCGGAUACCAAUCGACCGAGGACAAUCUUUGAAAUAGGUUGUGGUGUUGGAAACACGGUUUUUCCUAUUCUCAACUACAGCCACGAAGGGAACCUGAUGGUGUACGCAAGCGAUUUUUCUCACCAAGCCAUCGACAUUUUACGACAAAAUCCCGAAUACGAUCCUCAGCGAUGCCAAGCGUUUGUACUGGAUGCUACGGCGGAACACUGGGAUGUGCCGUUCGCUGAAGGAAGCAUCGACAUCGUGGUGCUAAUAUUUGUGCUGUCUGCUAUCGAUCCAGAUCGUAUGCAACACAUUGCCAAACAGAUUGCUCGCUACCUGAAACCGGGAGGUUUGGUACUGCUACGCGACUACGGCCGGUACGAUCUGGCCCAGUUGCGCUUCAAGCCGGGCAAAUGUGUAAAGGAUAACUUCUAUGUCCGCGGCGAUGGUACGCUGGUGUAUUUUUUCACCCAGGACGACCUGCGGAAGCUGUUCGUGGAAGCGGGUCUGGUCGAGGAGCAGAACAUUGUCGAUCGUCGAUUGCAGGUGAACCGUGGCAAGAUGAUUAAAAUGUAUCGCGUUUGGGUGCAGGUUAAGUUUCGUAAACCUUUGGCGGAUUAAAAUGACAACCCACUGAUGAACUCAAAUCGAUGCUUUUAGUCAUGAUUUCAUUUAUUUUAACUAUUCUAAAAUCUAAACACAUAUAUGAGAAUGUUUUCUGUGGGGUAAAAUAAUGCACAUUAUUGAGAUGCAAGGUCGCAUGUAAAUGCAGCUGCUUGCAGCGCGGACUAUUCUUCACUACGACUGCCGUCGUUGUACAGUUCAAUAAAA